GGUCAAUCGAAUCGAUAAUCUCAUUGUUUUAAUUCAAACAAACAUACCAAAAUGUUUAAGGAACUAGCUAUUUUACUUUGUCUAACAAGAUUCGCAUACUUGGCACCUUCUCCUUACCAGUAUAAUGCUUUUACAACUGUAUCAUCAACGCCACCACCUGGUUAUGUUAUAAAGCAAAAUCUCAAUGGGGACUCAGCCAAAUUCAACAUUGGUUAUAAGAUAGAUCCUCCCAGCAACAAAGUGAAAAAAGAAUACAGCAAUAGCGAAUACCUAUUCCCACCUGACAGCAGCAAACGUCCUCAAACAUUCACUCCAGAUUUCAGCUAUGAAGAUUACUCAUCGACUCCAGGCACGAGCCUGCUAUCAUUUCCAUACCCUGGUCAACUGAAACCCAGCUCUCUACCAGCGAAUUUCCUCUCAACACCCAAGCAAUUUCCACCCACUGCCUCUAGUAAAAUUUUUGUCCACGGACAUCAUGACAAACCUCAUGUAAUCCACGAUCUUGUCGGUCAUGUUAUCACAGAUGUAGCUGGACAUAAGCUCAAACAUUAUGGUGAAGCGCUGGAGAGCGGUGCCCUGACUGAACCUAUCAUUCACAAGUUAUCAUUUGCCAAAGCUGCGUUACUCCAGUUACUCGCCAUCAUAGGUCCACUCUCAGCCAUCAAAACGAUCCAUGUGGUAGCCAAAGCUUCUGAUCCGCAUCACCACGAACCUGAACAUUUUGAAGGUGUUCCUCCUCCAGGAGCUUUUAGUGAACACAUUGAUCCAUUCCCUCCAGCACCCCAUCCGCAUUACUCGUCUACUUUGUCCGGUAUUCUUUUCAAUUUUAUAGCUCAAUUGUCAAAAUUCAAUACUGAAGCUAAAUUACACUUGAUUCCUAAUCUGUUGAAAAUCAUCAGCUCUUCAUCUUCGUCAUCAGCUCACGCUUCAGCUCAUCAUUAACCGUUCUAAUUCACUGGUGUAACUUCUUAUACCAAUUUCUUCUUAUCCACCUUUACAUCUUUAUCAUUUUCAAUCACUCAACAUCUCAGAGAUAAUUUAAUGUAAUUCUAGUCUUCGUACAUAUCACAAUCACAAGAAACAUUAUGAGAUGCAUAAGUAUUCAUUGUUGUUGUUAUUUUAUUUUGGAUUUUAUUUUUCCACUUUCUUUUUGUACAUUGAUUCUCUUCUUCUCUAAAUUAUUCAUUAUGCCAUCUGUAAUGGAAAAUGCCAUCAUUUUGAUUGUGAAUUAUAUGAAAAAUCACGAGGGUUGAAAAUCAAACGAUUUUUAUUUAUGUUCUUGCCUGCUUGUUUUUUUUUCUUCACCAAGAAUGUGCAAAAAAGAUUUUCCUUUUUUUCUUUUCACAAAUUAUGCUACUCAAUUAUUAUUUUGAACAGGUAGAUAUUUUUUGAUGAAAUUUGGAGGCAACAUUCUUCAGACCUUUGAGAAGGCCUUGUGAUAGUUUAUCUUGGAUUUGGUCUCGGUAUUGAUAAAUUACAGCACUAUCUGUAAAGUGAGUUUUUAAACAAAUUUCGUUUGGGAUGGUAUUUUUGAAAACUCACUUUACAGAUAGUGCUGUAAUUUAUCAACACCGAGACCAAAUCCAAGAUAAACCAUCACAAGGUCUUCUCAAAGGUCUGAAGAAUAUUGUCUCCAAAUUUCAUCAAAAAAAUAUUGACUGGUUCAAAAUAUAGAACGAAAUUACACUUACCUACUUAUUGACUGCCCCUCCUAAUUACACUUUAAUUUUUUAUGCUAAUAUUUUCACUUUUUGUUAACUAAUACUUGAUGUAUUGAAAUUAAGAAUACGAUGUGAUACAUUUUUCAAAUAAAUUUCUACUUGUACUAGU